AUGGCAACUUUGCUGGGAAACCAAAACUAUAUGGAAAGCCUGCGGAAGGAUAUCACUGAUCUGCAAGGAACACUCAUCAGUGUUUUCUCCCGAGCUGGGGCUGUGCGCUAUCCUUCCUGGAAGUUUCCUGACAAGGUGUCCUGUGACCUGGACCUGGUGUCUUUACUGGACCAAUACGACUAUGUCGAGAAUGAUCCAGAAUUUACUCAGCACUCCCAUGUGGUUCUUCUGGAGCUAGUGAUUGACAGGUGA